AUGACUUCCAAGUUUUGCCUGAGGCCUUCCACACCACUUCCGGCUCCGCAGCCCAUACCCGAUGGUUACUACGUGGCCCCGCCGCCGGCCAGACCACUUCUUCUCUUCAUCACGAAUGUCAAAAAUGCAAGAACUGUUUGGGUGGAGAUCUCCAUCAAUGACAACGUACACAUGCUGAAAAGAUAUACCGCCAGAAAGAUGUUGAUCCCAGUUGAAGACAUGAUCCUCGUGUACCAAGGAGAAGAGCUCAAAAACGACACUCAGAUCAAGCAAAGUAAGCUUGAUUUUGUCAUCCAGAAGGCUGCAGAAGGUGAGCCAUCUGCGGAAGACUGCACCAUACACCUGAUUGACAUAAAGGACACGCCGGCCGAAAUACGCGAGCCUAAGCAGACCAUGGAUGGAACCCAAGCAUCCUUUUGA